AGAUGGAAAUGAAACAACAAAUUCAAUAAACGCGGCCAACAAUUCACUAUUUUAUGCAUUAGACAAUCGGUUGAAUGGCAAACAAUUAAAGGGAAUAAUGUCUGGACAACGAAAAUCAUUAACCAAUAAUAAUGAGCCGAUUGUCACGAAUGGCAAUAAUAAUACCGUUUGUCCGCAAUCUGUCUUAUCUGACGAGGAAUUACAGCUUUUGGCCAAACUUGAAGAACAGAAUCGACUAAUUGAAACCGACGUGAAGUGUAUGAAUUCGCUUCAAUCAAAUUGCGGUCAUUCGCGGCGCUCGUCGGACACGAGUCAGGUGUCGGAGAUCUCGCAAAUGAAUUCCGAGUCCAACGAUCAGGACCUGUCCAACGGUCGAGAUGUCUGGCAGAUAUGGGGACAACUGAUUAACGAGUGGAACAAUCAAACCAAAAAGAAUAAGACAUUACAGGAAUUGGUCCGCAAAGGCAUUCCCCAUCACUUACGAGGAAUGGUGUGGCAGUUGUUAUGCAGCGCUCAGAGUUGUUCCGUCCGCGACCAAUACAGCGAUUUCUUGCGCCAGACGUCUGUCUGCGAGAAAGUGAUUAAGAGAGACAUCGCUCGCACUUAUCCCGAACACGACUUUUUCAAAGAGAAGGGCUCUCCCGGACAGGAGGGCCUCUUCAAUGUCAUGAAAGCGUAUUCAAUACACGACAGCGAAGUCGGCUACUGUCAGGGCAGCGCUUUUCUGGUGGGCGUCCUUCUGCUCAAUAUGCCUGAAGAGGACGCCUUCGCUGUAUUCACAUGUCUUAUGCAAGACUACCGGCUCCGGGAGAUGUAUAAGCCGACAAUGGCUGAACUCGGUCUUUGUAUCUAUCAAUUGGAAUGUAUGGUUCAGGAACUUCUACCGGAACUGUUUAUGCACUUCCAGUCGCAGAACUAUCACACGAGUAUGUAUGCCAGCAGUUGGUUCCUCACACUCUUCACUUCAUGCCUUCCCCUUCACAUCGCGUAUCGGGUUUUGGAUCUCUUUCUCUACGACGGAAUCGAAAUGAUUUUUCGCAUUUCUAUCGCUAUAUUGUUGUUAUGCAAAGAAGACUUGCUUCGUCUCGAUAUGGAGGGUCUCUUGAGGUACUUCCAGAAGGAGAUGCCAUCCAAGUGUGAGACCGAUCCCGACUAUUUGGUGAAUCUCUGCGUUCAAGUGAAAUACGACCAAAAGAAGAUGAAAAAAUUAGCCAAAGAUUAUCAAACAGUAAAAGCUAAAGAACAGGAAGAAUUGGUUGAGUUGAGAAGAUUAAGAACUGAGAAUCGAUUGCUUAGACAGCGAAUCGAGAACUUAGAGCACGAAUCGGCAGAAUUGGCGGACAAACUGAUUCAGGGACAGGUCUGUCGGGCACAGGAGGCGGAGGACAACUUUGUGAUCAAACGUGAAUUGGCGGCCAUUCGUCAGCAGGAGUUGGAGGCGAAGAACGAGUUGGAGAAGGCGUUGCAUACCAUCACCGAAAUGAAGGAAACCAAUAGCAUUAACUCAUCGCUCGAAUCGCAAGAGAAUCAACAGUUGAUUGAGUCCUUACAGGAAGAGCUGAUUGCCGUUAAACUCAGAGAAGCCGAGAAUAACGAAGAGAUGAAAGUAUUGAGGGAACGGAUCAACGAAUUGGAGGAAAUCAACAAUCGUUUGCGUGAAUUACCUCCCGAUCACGCGGUGGCACAACUCCAGGAGGAGUUGAUCGCCGUUAAGCUCCGGGAGGCGGAGGCGAACCUAUCGAUGAAAGAGUUGCGCCAAAAGAUAACAGAUCUGCAGCAGAUGUGGACCGAACACAUGUCUCAAAGCCACGGCAGCAACGACUCGUCUCUCACUAACAAUUCGCAGCCCAAUAGUCUUGAGGGUAACAACGGUUCCAAUCCGUCCUCACUGUCGGUCACAUCGAGUCCAAUGAAAAUGUUGGGCAAUGCUAUGAAACGUACCGAUCAUUCGGCAGAAAUCAAUAAACUGAAGAACGAAUUGAUGGGCGCAAAGCUCCGGGAGGCCGAAGCCAUCGCAGAACUCAAAGAAUUGCGUCAAAAGUUGAUGGAAUUGGAGACACAGAAUCAGGUGUCCAUCAAUCAGAUCAGACGACAGGCCGACGAGACCAACAAAUUGAAGGACACGUGCGAAGAGUUGACUGAAAAGGAGAGACAAACAGUGAGUGCGUUGAACGCCGAGAAGAGACGGUACGCCGACCUCGACUUCCAGAUUAAAGAGCAGCAAAUGAUGAAUCGGAUCAAAGAGUUAGAGCAAACACAGAUCGUCGCUGAACUCAAACACAAAAUCUCAUCACUUGAAGCCAAAAUUGAAGAACACCUGACGAUCACAAAACUGAACGAAAGCGGUCGCGAACCGGAGAAUGUGCUCGAAUUACAGGACCGGAUGGCGGAACUCCAGUCGGAGAUGUUUCGCCUGGAGGUGACCAACAAGAAGUUGAGUUCAUUACAAAACGGAUCAGCCGGUGAUGACAUACACACAAUGGCCAGAAGGAUAACGCAUACGUUUACAACAAAUUGCGAUUAAAACACAUCAUAAAUACUACACAACUAUUUGACUAUUUAUUACUUCUCUAUAACUCUCGCGGAAUACAUGUGUGGACCGGAAAUAUACAGAAUCACCGAAAAAAGGACUUCUUAUUGUACGACAACAACGACAUUGUGUUUGAUAUUUAAUAAGUAUUUUGUUAGCAAAACGACGUUUUUAUUUAUCGUAAAACAAAUCUAUUUAAACUGUUAUUCAUUCAUACAAAUUGAAUCAUUGAAUUAUUUGGUUGACGAGAAUAUCAUUUUAAAAAAUUAUGUAUUUGAAAAUAAUCAGUGAUUUUAUUGAAUAUAUUUGUUAAUUGAAAAUGAAACGGAAAAAAGUUUACGAGACUGUGAUAUACAUAAGCCCUCGAAAAUAUAUACAUAAAGAUCGAGUGAAAGCAAUACUCAUUAUAUAAUUAGGGCUACGAUUAAAACCGAUUCAAAAGUGUUUUUGCGCCGAUGAAGGAAAGGCAUUGACAACACAUCCCAGGCCUACACCACCACAACUACAACCACAAUAAUAAUAACCCCUUCCCUGGGCUGUGGGCUCUAGCGAUGUAUUGUUUGUUUUUGCUUUGUUUCUUGUUUUUAUGUAUUUUUUAUUUAAUAAUGAAAAUCAAUUUUUAAAAGUUUUUUAUUUAAGAAAAAUAGACACUAUUUUAUGCACAUAUUAUAGAAAAUAUUAUUAAUUUAGUUAAUAUUAUAUACAUUUUGAUUACAAUUUUUUUGUUUGUUUCAAAGAUUUUUUUCUAUUAUACAUAUUCUCUGACAAAACAUUUGCAUAAUUAUUGUAAUAAAUUAUUUAAUAUAUUAAAUAAAAUUUGUUCUCUUUCUUAUCAUAAUA